GCUGCCGACGAAAAAGAAUAUACUCAAAAGAAAAGGGGCAUAACCGUCAUUUCUCAUCUACUCCUUCCCUGAAUAGAAGGGAGAGUCAAUCAUAUGGCGAUACAGUCCCAAGCCUUUGUGAUCCUGAGCCAUCGUAGAGAGAGAGAGAGAGAGAUCAGAGAUCUAAAUGGCGGCGAUAACAACGGCAGUGAUCGCAAUAGCUGGGAUCAUACUUGGAUGGAUAACGAUAGAGAUGGCUUGUAAGCCUUGUCUUGAGCAAGGCCGUGAAGCCAUCGACAGAUCUCUCAACCCCGAUUACGAUCCCGACGACGAAGACGUCGAUGCUUCCUCCGCCUCUCGCGCUCCUCUCCUCACCAAUCUUCCUCCCGAUAUCCCCGAUCCCUCCGCUGAUGAUCCCUCCACCGCGAUCAAAUCAGUCUGAUCGGUUCGGUCCUUAAAUUUUUUGUUCGUUUUUUUUUGGUUUUGUAUUUAUUGUCAGAGUUGCUCUCAUCCCUUGUGUAAACCUCUCUUGUCUCUAAUAAUCGAUCUCGUGUUUGUGCUAUUUCUAUUACAAUGCUUGUGUUUUUUACUCUUUACCGAAACAUUACUUUUGAAACAAAAUUUGAUUGGAUAGACAAAGACCUUGAUGAAAC